AGGUUGGGACCAGCCCUGCCCGGCUACACCUGGCCAGCAGGAGGCGCUUUAUUAAAGCUUCCGGUCGCAGGGCGCUGGCAGGACGAGGACAGGGAGGGGGGGCGGGGUUAAUAGAGGUCGCGGUUUGCCGGGCCAGCGGCCGCCCCGCCCCCUGGGCAGGCUCGGCCCCACAGCGAACGCGAGUAGUUUCUCCUUCCGGGCUGGCAUCUUCGGCAGCAAAUGGGAGCGAGGCUACCUGGCCAGCUCCCACUGUGCCUCUCCCUGCUGCUGGACAGUCUAACACCUGCACAUCCUUCACGCUAGCCCGCCCACCGUCUCCAUGGCAACAAGGGACGAGCGUCUCCCCAAGGGUCCGGGAAUGGCACCUUCUCUAGCCAAUGGGCGGCAGCUCGCUCCCUUCGACCCCUCCAGCCCUUCUAGCCCACUCCAGUCCUGAGCGUGGCUCGCGGCCUCGCGGCCUCACGCAGGCGCCCUCGGGGAACAGGCGCUGAGGUCAGGGAGCGGCCCCCGCCCCCCUUGUCCCCGCGGGCCCGGACCUGCGACUAGGUGAUCGUCCUAGAGUCCUUCCACUGACCCAGAGUUGACCAAGAAUGAGCAAAGUGCAAAACCUGCUGCUGGAAUCCCUCCUGGGCACGAAGCAUGUGGAUCAUGCGGCCAUCAUCAGGUCCCAGGAACAGACUGUGUUGGUGUCCUCCCCAGGGUUUAAUAUCUCGCCCAAUGACAUCCGUGUGCUUGCGAACGUGUUCUCCAAGAACCAUUUCCAGGUGCGCAGGGAGGGACUCUACUUCAAGGAGAAGGAUUACACGUGCGUCCGGGCAGACGAGCGCUCCCUUUACGCCAAGAAGAACGACACGGGGCUAGUGGUGGUUCAGACCAACCUCUACCUGCUGGUGGCCACCUAUCGGGAGGACAUGUACGCCAGCGUGUGCGUGGAGGCCGUAGAGAAGCUGGGAGACUACUUAAGGAAAAAGGGAAGUUAAUCCCCUCAGAAGAUUCUGGAAACCUCAACUAAAGACCCAUUUCCAAGAAGG